AUGAGUAGAAUUCAUAAAACAACUCAACAACAAGGAUUACAUCAUCAUGUCCAUCAAAUAACCCCAACAAUCCAUAAUCAUACCUCUAUAGAAACUACAUUCCAUUCGGAAUUAUUAUUACUUGAUCAAUUAUUUGAUCAUCAACAAAUGAUUCAUUAUUUAUUUAAUAAAAAUACAUUUUGUUUAAAUGAUUCUAAUCUAUGGACAAUUGAAUGGUUACAACAAUAUUUAGAUAUAUUAACAGAAUUUGGACAAUUAUUAUUAAAAUGUAAUAAAAAUAGUACUACUAUUCAUAUACAUAUUGAUGAUAUCCUACCUAUAACACGUUUAUGGCAUAGUUACUUAGAAACAAGUUUAAUCUCAUAUCCUAUAGAAAGUAGAAUGCUUGAUCAUGAUCAAAAUAUCAAACAAAAAAUCAAUUUUACAUGGGAUAUGUAUAUUGUAUUACAUAAACCUAAUCAAUGUCAAUUAAGAUCAUAUUUAUUAAAUAAUCAAUCAAUAAUCAAUCAUAUACCAAAUUAUUAUUAUCUUACUAUACCAUCAUUAAUCAAUAUAGAGAAAAUGGAAUCAACUAUGGAAUCAUAUAAAAAACAAGAAAUCAAUGAUCCAUAUGAAUCAAUUCGUAUGACGGAUCAUUUUUUAUUGAAUAAUCAAUUAUUAGAUCAAUGGGAUUUGAUUUCACCAAUGAAAAUAUGUCAAUUAUUAUUUUCUAUAGUUGUAUUUGAUUUAAAUAGUAUAGGUCUUAAUUCAUUUUAUUAUAAUUCUAAAUUAUGGAAAACUCAAUAUACUAAUCAUUUAACACAUAAAAUACAAAUCAAUAAAAAUAAUCAUUUAUUAUCCAUAUCAAAUAUUGAUUCUAAUCAUAAUAUAAAUAAAUCAGAAUCAAGUUAUCAUUCUUCAGUUACUAUGCCAAAUAUUUUAAUUAUAAUUUUAUUAAAUUUAAUUCAAUUUAAUGAUUUAUUAUAUAAUACAAAUUUAUUACAAAUAUUUAAUAUUAAAAAUAUGAUUGAAUUAUAUUUACAAUUAAUUGAUGAACAAUCAAAUCAAUUAAUAAUCAAAAAUCAAUAUUAUCCAAAUGUAAUCAAUAAUAGAAAAAAAUCAAUAAUUGAUUGGCAACAACAAAAAAGUUUAUAUGAAUUAAUGAAUGAUUUAUUAAAAAAAAUGAUUGAUAUAUUACGUAAUAAACAAUUAUUAUCUAUUACUAGCCCAGAAACUAAUUUAUUACAAAUCGAUAAUGAUGAUGUUACAAAUAAAUUGAUUAAUCAAUCAUGUAUAAUAUUAACGACAUGGUAUUCUAAUCCAUUAGAAUUAAAAAAAUUAAUAAUAAAAAAAAUUGAAAUGUUAAAAAAAUUGAUUCAUAAGUUUAAUGAUUUAUAUCCAGAUAAACAAAUUUCAUGAAUGAAUUCAUACAUUGAAUAGACUUAUACUUUUUAGAAGGUAUCUCAACUAUAGAAGUUGUUCAGCUGAUCAUUUCAUGAUGUUUUGUAUUCUUACACUUCUUUAAUUCCAUAUCCUCCUUUUAUAGACAUUAUCUUAGAAACAGAGAGAGAGAGAGAGAGGGGGAGAGAUUAGCCAAUCUCUAUUCUGGAUAUGCAUUUGAUGAGAAAGGGGAGUAAUGGUUCCUUAAAAAAAGAUUCAUUUUUUUGUAUUUUAUUUCAUUAUAGUAGUAAAUUUGUUGGCGGGUUUAUAAAUUUAAAAUAUAUGGAAGGGUUUUUAAA